GCUGUCAUCACCCCGACUUGGGUCUCAGGUCCCCAGCUGGGAGAGAACCAGGCAAGGGGAUGGACCGAGGCCGGCAGCUACAUUUGGACAUAGCUCAGCCCUCCUGACUCAGCCAGGGGGGACGGAGAGGGACGUGGUCCUGGCCUGACGUUAGCAGUGGCGUGGCCCCUAUAAUAGCGCCGUGCCCCGACUUGAGCUCUCUCUCCCUGUCAGCCUCAGAGAUGAGUCUGUCCAUCCCAGCCUUGGGGCUCAGCGGGAUUAAACCAGAGCUGGGACACAUUCUGGUGCCGGGGCUCUGACCUCUGUUGGGAAGCGUGGACUUGAGCCGGCUCUGGUGCUGCUGGCCCGUGGGACACAGGGAGCAUCGGCUCCGUGAUAAGAAUAAGUACUCAGCUCCCGGCAGCGUCACCGUCAUGGGGAAGGACUAUUACAAGAUUUUGGGCAUCCAGAGCGGCGCCAACGAAGAUGAAAUCAAGAAAGCAUAUCGGAAAAUGGCCCUGAAAUAUCACCCUGACAAAAAUAAAGACCCCAAUGCUGAGGAGAAGUUCAAGGAGAUUGCAGAGGCUUAUGAUGUCCUGAGUGACCCCAAGAAACGAGCUGUGUACGACCAGUAUGGGGAGGAAGGUCUCAAAACUGGAGGUGGCUCUUCAGGUGGCUCAGGGAACACCUUCCACUACACCUUCCAUGGAGACCCUCAUGCCACUUUUGCCUCCUUCUUUGGAGGCUCCAACCCUUUCGACAUCUUCUUUGCCAGCAGCCGCUCCCGGAUGUUCAACGGCUUUGACCAGGAAGACAUGGAUAUGGAUGACGACGACGACCCUUUCAGUGCCUUCGGCCGGUUUGGCUUCAACGGCAUCAAUGGGGUUCACCGGCGGCACCAGGAGUCCCUGCACACGCGGAGGAAGGUCCAGGACCCGCCUGUCAUCCACGAGCUCAAGGUGUCCCUGGAAGAGAUCUACCACGGAUCCACCAAGAGGAUGAAGAUCACUCGCAGAAGGCUCAACGCUGAUGGCCGGACCAUGCGGACUGAGGACAAGAUCCUAAACAUUGUCAUCAAACGGGGUUGGAAGGAGGGAACCAAAAUCACAUUCCCCAAAGAAGGGGAUGCCACUCCAGACAACAUCCCUGCAGAUAUUGUCUUCAUCCUCAAGGACAAGCCUCACUCGCACUUCAAGAGAGAUGGGACGAACGUGAUCUACACGGCGAACAUCAGUCUUAAAGAGGCCUUGUGCGGCUGCACCGUGAACAUUCCCACCAUCGACGGACGGGUGAUCCCGCUCCCCUGCAACGACAUCAUCAAGCCAGGGACAGUGAAGAGACUACGUGGGGAGGGGCUGCCCUUCCCCAAGGCCCCCAGCCAGCGAGGAGACUUGAUCGUGGAGUUCAAAAUCCGCUUCCCGGACAGAAUAGCUCCCCAGACAAGACAGAUCCUUAAGCAGCACCUCCCGUGCUCCUAGAGCCCAGGGACUCUCCUCCAAAGCAGCAAUACUCCAGACGCAUGUGCCACAGCACCUGGCCUGCACAAAGCCAAGGUGCCACAGCACUUUUAAAUGCAAAAAAAAAACAAAAUACCAACCCCUCACACUACUUGUUUCCCCCAAAAACCCCAUCCGACCCACCCCCUAUCCAUCCUUCUUGGCCGGUUUUUUACUCCAACAACAGGGAGACUCCUGUCUGCUGCGGCUCUCCCAGCUGCCAGAUCUUUUCUUUCUCCCCAGAGGUCCAUUGUUUUUUUGCCUCGCACGAGCGAGCACUGUGGGCCGUUUGCCCGGGGAGGUGCGUCGUGUUGUGGGUUUUUUAUGUCACCUGCUUUUCAGGCCACUCUUCCCACAAGAAGCUGGGCUUGUCGGGGUCCAGCGCUGUGUAAAUAGGGCUCCGCAGGAUCUGGCCUCCCCGCUGCUGGUUUUUCUCUUCCCCUCUUUGACACUUGCUGCUGUUUGGGGUCCCGGCUGUACCGCGGUGCCCAUCACUCCCGCCUGCGGUGGCCCCCCCAGUAGCCGGACAAUUUCUCACCUGGGGCCACGGUACCAACUCCAGCCGUGGUCCGCUCUCCUGUGCCAAGCCUACACCGAGCCUCGGCUGUGCCAAACAAUGGAGCACGUGGGGAUGGUCCAUCCAGCCUCCUGCCCCUGCCCGGGGAUGUCCCCCGUGCCCCUGGGCAGCACUGGCCUGCCCCUGCUGCCCACAGGGCCCCAGCCAGCAGGAGGAGGGGGGAAAGCCCAGGGUGGAGCUUUCUUUUAUCAGAUGUGUUGAGUUUGCAUUGCUGCUUUUAUUUUUUAAAUACAUAUAUAUAGAGCUCAUUAGAUAAACUUCGUAAAGGUUUUUCUCUGCCUGUAUUGGGGAUACUGGCCUGACGCACCCAGGCUUUUUUUUUGAAAGGGGGAUGAUUCAGCCACACGAACAGCAAACCCCCGGAGUGGGGUUGUGUGUGCGUGUAGCACUAAUCUGGGUGCAAAAGCAGAGCCAAGCGUGAGCAGAGCUGUGGGUUUCACUAGUGUUUCAGGUCAAAUUAGGGAUUCUAAUAAGAAGAGAGAGGCGUGUGUAUAUAUUUUUCUACAGGGACAAUUCAUUCAGGAGGUGUUUCUGGACAUCAGGGCGGAGCUGGGACGUGCAUGAGGCAGUCUGUUUAGUGGCUACAUUUUCAAAUACUGUAUUUUUUUAAAACCUUUGGAUUUCCAUCAGGAGAAUUUUUAUAUUUCUUACCUUUCUCAGCCCACUCUGCCUCAUGCCCAUUUUUUUUUCCCAGGAAAGGGCUGCUAUGGAGCGGGAGGCACGUUCCACCUGGCUUUGUACAGCUCCUCUUUCACCUCAGCACUGCCGAGAAAACCCCUGCCAAAAUAUUCCCCCAGGCCCCAGGAAUCUUUUUUUUUUUAUUUUAAUUCCUCAAAAAAAAUAUUUGCUGACUUGAAGCAGGGGGUCCCUUGGUGUGGGGGGGCUGUGCAUGGGGUGCCCUUGGGGCUGAGGGUGCAGCUGUACAGUGUUACCCUGGGGGGUGAGGAGACCUGUGAGGCACUGCUGAAUCAAUCACCCGCUUUGGCCAGCGAGGGGAGGCCACUGGUUCCCUCCACUGGUCCCUGUGGAGUUCUAUGUGGAGAAAUGUGGUGGACGAGAAGACAGGCCAGCACGCAGAUGCAAGCUGAUUUGUUUUUCUCAGUUUCAAUGAGACCUGAAUGUUUUAUAGUGGGGUUUUUUGUA